AUGUGCACUCACGGUGACACCAAAGCCACGGAGAGAGAGAAGAGGAAUGACAUGUCCUUCUCCAGAAAGAAAAGUUUCACUUUUGGGGCUUAUGGAGGUGUGGACAAAUUCACAUGUGGGGAUGAGAUGAGACCCGAUCCUGCAGAAGACAACUUGCUGGACACCGUUGCCUCUCCUGCCAGCGACAGCAAGCCUUUCCUCUCCUCCAGCAGCAACCUGCGGGACACGGAGCUGUUUGAAAUCAUUGAAAAGCUGCAGGGCAGCAGGAUCGAUGAGCAGCGGUGUGAAUUUCCUCUCCCUCUGAAGUCUCAGGUUCUAACACUAGGCAGAGAACUGCCGCUCAUUCUCCCUUCAAAGUUGGGGGGCUACUGGAUAGACCCCCCACUGGAGCGGCUCGUGGAUGUGAGUCCAACCUCCUCCCACUAUGGUCUUGACCCAGAGUGCUACGACAUCAUGGAAAGAGACGGAGAGGCCAAAGUCUACCGCGACUUCUUCUGCUCAAGGUAUCAUCAUUCAUUCACAGCGGUUGAUGCGUCCCUGGGGCCGCUGGUUCUCUCUGUGUGUUUGGAGGAAGAGGAGAACAGGCUACGGGUGAUUCUGAGAAUGAAGGAAAGCUCUCUGCACGGAAUUUUCUCUUCGUCUCUCUUCCCCAACAUCCCAUCUGCUGUCGAGUUAGCAAAGAUGCUCUGUGACAGAGUGACUGUCUCAAAGUUUGAAGUGGUCAGCUACCUCAAGGCUCCAGAACUGAUAACUGCGUUCGACGAGCACAGAGUGUCUCCAAAUUUCAAGUUUGGCAUUUUGUACCAAAAGGAUGGACAGUUGACCGAGGAGGACAUCCUCAGUAAUAAUGACGAAAGUGAAGAGUUUAAAGAGUUCCUGUCUCUUUUGGGAGAGACGAUUCAGCUGCAGGGAUUUACCAGGUUCAGAGGAGGACUGGACGUGUGUCAUGGUCAGACAGGAAGUGAAGCAGUCUUCACUUCCUUCCAUGGACGAGAAAUCAUGUUCCAUGUCGCAACUAAGCUGCCUUUCACGGACGGAGACCCACAGCAGUUACAAAGGAAAAGACACAUCGGUAAUGACAUCGUAGCUCUGGUCUACCAGGAGGGUCAAACCCCGUUUCUCUCUGAGGUCAUCAAGUCUCACUUCCUGCACUGUUUCCUGGUGGUGCGCAGGAUUCACAGGGCGGAGGAGUCGGAUGGAGCUGACUACCAGGUGUGUGUAUCAGCCAGAGAGGAUGUUCCUCCUUUUGGUCCGGUCAUCCCAGAUCCUCCCCUCUUCACACGUUCUCUGUUGAGAGGAUUUCUUCUGACCAAGCUCAUCAAUGCAGAGAUUUCCUGCUACAAGGCCGAGCGCUUCAGCAGAUUGGAGCUCCGGACUCGUUCGUCGCUCCUGGAGAGCUUGCAGGCUGAACUUUCUACCCGCUCCAAGUGCAUGGUGGGAGAUCCAUCACUGUCUUCUCUCGCCUGCUCUGAAGGCCUGCGGGGGAUGUCUGAGGGGAGUGGAGGAUUCAUUGAAAACUUUAAGAGAGCCAUCAGGGUGCGGAGCCAUUCUUUUGACACUCUUGGGGUCCCAAGGAAAAGUGGUGUCACCGUAUCACAGAGACCAAGGGCAGAGAAAGAUGGAGAGAGUGACAAAUCUCCAGGACCUCAGCCUGCUCCCACUGACAGUUAUGGGCCAGCUGAACUCAAGGAUCAAACUAGUCCUCAAGAGGAGACAUAAAAAGACUUUAAAAUGUAUAGAUAUUAGACAUAAGUCUACAUAUAGAUCUUU